AGAUUGGUAGAAUGAUUUGAUUUGUCAAAGCUUAAUCUCAAAGACAAGGGAAAAGCCCAGAGUGGCAGGAGCGAAACCGAGCAGAUUGUUUUGAUUUCCUCAUGUCGAUAUCGUUUGUUCUAUAACCAGGUGAACUGACGAUUUAGAUAUCUUGGAGAGAGAGCAUCACAUUAAUACAAACUAAAAGAUUUGUGUUUUCGUCAUUUUGUCUUUUUUCAUCAAUUGUUUCAUCAAAGACUGGUAAUUUUGACUGGAAAUGGCUGGUCUGAUUUUUUCGUAUGAAGGGGAAUUGAUUCAUCAGGCAGCCAUUUAUGACCAGGUUGAGUUUCUGUUGAAUUUGCUGUCCAUCCCAAGCAAUGGCGAUGCAAACAUUAGAGAUCAGCAAGGAAGAUCUCCUGUACACACAGCGCAACAUGGCAGUGAAAAGUGUCUGAAACUGCUGCUUGAAAAUGGAGGUAAUCCAAACUUGGUGUCUUCUCAAACAGAUUGUUGCUCUACGCCUGCGCAUCACGCAGCUUAUAAUGGCCAUUUUUUAUGCCUAAAGCUGUUAGUCGAGAAGGGUGCCGACCUUGACAUUUCUAACGCAAAUGGUAGAACUCCUAUCGAUCUGGCUAUAGAAGAAAGACAUACAAGUUGCGCUAAAUUCUUGAAAGAUGAGGAAGUUCGCAGACACAAUUUGCAGAUAGCUGGAUGGCAAGAAGAGGCUUUUUCUGCUACUGCCAGAGGAAAUUUUCAUCGUUUGAAAGAAAUAAUUGAACAACUUGGUAAUGAGUUUGAUGUUGACAAGCAGUACGCUGCAGGCGAAACACUUUUGUUAAAGGCUUGCGAGAAUGGAAAUGUGGACGCUGUUGAUUUGUUACUUGCUUCUGGAGCAUCGGGCACGUGUAACCCUUAUUCGGGAAUAUCCCCUCUUGCAUGUGUGAACCAGAAUGUGGUUGUCGUGAAGAAGUUACUACGGCGAUUUCCGAAUCUUGCCAAACAUGGAACGAAAGUAGAGAAUAACAAUCCUCUGCAUUUUGUGUCAGGGUGUGGAAAUGUUGAAAUUGCUAAGUUGUUAUUACAAACCGACGAUGGGUCUGAACCUUAUCCCUGCCUUGGUAUUGACAUUAACUGUGAAACGUCCAGCGGUAUGACCCCAUUGCACAACGCAGCAAUUGCUGGACAUAUUGAAAUUAUCAACUUGCUGUUCAAUCCAAAUCACCACUGUUGCACACCGUGUUCGAUGAAGUCGAACGUUAACGUAAAUGCGAAGUCGAAGGUCGGACGCACGCCGCUGCACGACGCUGUGACGUUGGGAAACGUGGAUAUUGUCGAGGUCUUGCUCGAACACAAAGCGAAUCCAAAUUGUGCGGUGAGGACAGACGAUAUGGUUGGGUACCUGGAUGUUAGUGAACUCAUGGCGGACAUGUUGGAUGUAAACAUUGGUGCUACGAUGACAGCACUCCAGCUUGCUUGCUCUCAUAAAAAAAGCGAGAUAAUGAAGAUGCUAUUACAUCAUGGCGCCCAAGACUUCGGCAACAAAUGUCUCCAUUAUGCUACCACGAAUGACAAUGAAGAAAUGACCAUCAUCCUUCUUGGAAAAGACGUACAUCCAAGUCAUGAAUACAGUUUACCAUUGAAGCUACGCGAGCAACACAAUGACUGGGCUCCAAUAUCUAUCGUUUGGCAUAAUUAUGACCUGCACAAGAUCGAGGCUGCGUGGUUAUACUCAGCGCCAAAGGCCAUUCUUAGACCAGCGGUGUCAGCGACCAUGAAUAAUUUGAUGUUGGCGUCUUUGAUCACCAACUUGGAUCUUUCUAACAAUCGUUUGCAGAGUUUACCUAUUGAAAUAUUUCAACUAUCUUCACUGAGGCAUCUCAAUGUAUCCCACAACGAGUUGAGUAUGUUGCCUGUCGGAAAAAGUCGUAACGACGCCGAAAGCUCCUCGGCCGAUGACGUUUUUGUCGAAAAUCGUACGGAAAUCGCGGUGUGGUACUGUCCGCAUUUGGAGGAAAUCGAGCUUCAAUAUAACAAUCUGACAACUCUUCCGGGCUGUCUUUUCUUACUUCCGGCUUUGCGAAUUGUGGACGCCAAUAACAACGAUCUUAAUGGCCUACCAUACGAUAUUUGGCACAGUCCUAAUUUGAGGAUUGCCAUUUUCAGUAACAACUACAUCGAUAAUGUACCAGUUCUUCCGAACUCCAGCGAUGUUGUUAGCGGUAGCAAUUGGUCAAGUCCGAGAUUUAAUGGCAAUACUUCAUAUGAAAGGCAGAGCUCAUCGACUUCGUCUUCCGAUAGGCGCGGGAAUGAAGAUAGGAGAAAUGAAAAACCGCAGGAAAGGCGGCUCAGGAUUAUAAGCUACCGGACGUUGCUAGGCGACGCAAACCCGGAAGCUGACGAUUCUGACGAGGAAGAGCUUGAUACACAAGUGGAGUGUGUUAUAGAAAAAUUGGAUCUGUCAUACAACCAGUUGACUAAAUUUCCUAUUGGUUUAACGUGUUUGGCUCCAAAGUUAUCAAAAUUACUUCUCUCGAACAACGGCAUCGAUGAAUUUCCGCCAAUUCAAGAAAUUCCGGAACUUUUGUCCCAUUUGGACUUGUCCUUCAACAAAAUACAGACAUGCUUGCCAAAUUAUGACGACAACCAGUGUGACAGGUUAUGUUACAGCCCAGUAAGAAAACGUCGCUCAACUCGUCGCACGCGAAGCCGAACUUCGACGUCCUCGACCAUGCGAACGUGGUGUCGUCAUUGUAGGCACCGACAAUUACGUCAUUUGAAAAGACUAGAGCUGAACAACAAUCUGUUGUCGAGAAUACAUUUCGCUUACAACACCCCUAAUGCUGACAGUGAUAUUUGUGUUUACCCAAAUCUUAUGUCGCUAACACUGAGCCAUAAUAAACUGGAGUAUUUAACGGAAGAACUUGGCAAACUAGUUAAACUUGGCUCAUUAGAUGUGAGUUACAAUCCGCUGACACGUGUACCUAAGUUGCCACCUUCCAUAGGAUUGCUAGGGGAUCUUUGGGAUCUUAAUGUGAAAGGAUUGAAUUUGUACGAUCCACCUCCUAACGUUCUUGAAAAGCGAACCAAGGCUAUCACCGGAUAUCUGUUAUCAAUACUGGAUGAGGCUCAGCCAUAUCCAAGCUUAAAACUUAUGUUUGUUGGUGUUUCCAAUAUUGGCAAAACCACAUUGCUGGGGAAGCUCAAAGGAGAUACAAAUACGACUAAAGGAUGGCAUGAGAGAAAAGUAUUGCAGAAAACGCCACAAAAAGGAAAGAAAAGUGAAAAUGUUUCGACGGUUGGUGUGGACGUUGCGGAAUGGGUAUAUCCAAAUCCUGCCGGCACAGUAUUCGCUAGAAAUAGUCGACCAAGUGUGAUAUUCAGCACAUGGGACUUUGGUGGACAGAAAGAAUAUUACGCGACUCAUCAGUUAUUUCUCACACAUCGUGCAUUAUACCUUGCCAUAUGGAAACUGACUGAUGGUGAGGAUGGAGUGCGAAAAUUAUAUUCUUGGCUUUUAAAUAUUCAGGCAAGAGCACCUGACUCUGUGGUCAUCAUUGUCGGGACUUUUUACGACAAACUUUCUGCAAAAGACAAGAAAAGCGGAUUUGUCGAUCGCAUGCACAAUCUUAUUCGUGAAUUGUAUGUCGGAAAGGAGCUUGGAGGUGGUGUCGGAAUCCCCCGCGAACGUGGUCUUCCGAACGUUGUUCGGACGAUCGACGUUAGUUGUACUACCGGUCAUCAGAUCAGUCAACUGAGAGAAAUCAUUUACAAUACUGCUUUGGAAAUCAAAGGACACGGUGGUUAUACCUUAGUGGAAGAGCAGAAAAUUCCGGCCAGUUAUCUUGCUGUUAAGGAAGCUGUUCUCAACAUUGCAAUAAAGUGCAAUUAUGCAAAUCAAACUCCUGUGUUGAUGGCUGAAUUUUUUCAGACAAAGGUUGAACAUGAACUCGAUUUAAAACAUGUAAAACUACGAGAUGACGACGAACUGGCACAAGCUUGUCAAUUUCUUCACGAUAAUGGUAUAUUGUUACAUUACGAUGAUCCCUCGUUAUCUGGACUAUAUUUUCUUGAUCCACAAUGGCUCUGUGACAUGAUGGCUCAUGUCGUUGCUAUCAGAGAUGUAAAUCCUUUCGUUCAAAAUGGUGUAAUGAAAUCCUCUGAUCUCUCACACAUUUUCAAGAGUGAUCGCUUUCCAUCACAAUUCAUCAAUGAAUACGUUAAUCUACUCAACAAGUUUGAGAUGGCUUUACCGUUAAUUUCUCAUCAUCUUCUUGUGCCAUCUCUUUUGCCUGAAAAACAAAUCAGAGGCCAUCAUAUAUCCGCACCAGGCUUAAACACUGUUGUUGCUACGGCGAUGAACAUGAUGACGUAUACCGAGAACAGAGUGAUCAGGCGGCAAUACUUGAUGUCGUACGUUCCAAGUGGUUUCUGGGCUCGUCUCAUCACAAGGAUGAUCAACGAUAAACAGUUAGAAUCUGCGGUCGGCGAUUGCUUGUCCUUCACAAUGAAUCAACAAUCCGUUAUAUUAGAACAUCGAGAAAAGUCAAAAAUUGCACAACCUGAGUGGUCGUGUUGGAAGACUGGUCUCGAGUUGUCCUGUUAUGGUGUCAAACUACUCCGAGUUUGUCAACUGGAGGACGGAGUCCCAUUUUAUGGUUGCCCAAAAGAUAGUGAACGAAUACAGCUUUUGAUUAAUGGAGAGAAAAAGGAUAAAUCAUCGUCCAAUGUUGUCGAAAUUAUAGCUCCCAGUGUUAUGCUGGAAAUUGAAAAGUCUGUCGUGAAUAAACCACUUGGACGAAGAAACUCAGGUCAGCAAGAUUCACCGUCAAAAAAUUACUUCUCGUUUUCAAUCAAAUCAGUGAAGGAUUCAAACGUUAAAACUGCUGCUCGUUUUCUCGCCUUGACCAUUCACCAUAUCGACAACCUGUUAGAAGACUGGUAUCCAGGUCUCGAUUCCAUCAACAUCUACGGUGAGAGUUUAGUAAAUAGGCUUAUUCCAUGUUCAAAAUGCUUGCGUCGUAUCAUCACCACGGCAACAGUGACGUCAUCAAAACCAAAGAAUAUACCAUCAAACGACCAUUGGCCAAAUUCACACAAAAGUGUUUUCUAUUUUAAUACACCUCCAAAUAGUCCUCAAAUUCAUUCAACGCCUUUAUCGUCUAAGAACGGGAUUAUAUCGCCGUCUUCCGGAAGUGAUUCGAGUUUUGGAUUUGAGAACGAGAGCGGCUUUGCUGUUACUGAUUCUGACGCAAUGUCACGUGAGUCGUCACCAGCCUCUAGCGUAGACAACCACGACGGGAAUGGGUACGAGCAACAAUCAUCUGACACUGAUACGGACGGUUUUUCAACUAGCUCAGCGACUUCUGGCGUUCAGUCCAGUCCCCAGCAUAGGGGAAGCUUUGAUGCGAAGUUAAUUGCGACAUUUUCGUUCGAGGAGUGUGUCGUGAGUUCACAAACGUCUGAUCACGUGUACUGCCUCAUCGAUGGAAAAUUAUUCUUUCGAGAGGAAGCCCCGGAUGUAGUUUUUGCCGACGUUGCACCGGAAUUAAACAUCGACACGAAUUGCGUUGAUCGAAGAAAGAAGCUGGGACGAGGAACAUUUGGUACCGUUUAUGCUGCUGAGAUCAAGCUUAAUGAUGGGAGUGUUGAACAGGUCGCUUUAAAAAUGCCCCUGGACACUGCUGUGGACGAGAAUGCGAGCGAAGAGGAGAAGAAUGAGGCAAAAUGUUGCAACGUAAAAUUCAAAAGUGCCACAUUUGGUUUUACUGAGGCGUACAGAACCAUACGUCAAGAGCUGUCAAUUCUGGUCAAUCUAAAUCACCCGCAUAUUCUCCAGUUGAGGGGAUUCUGCCUUAAUCCGCUUUCUUUAAUCCUCGAGUUCGCACCGAAGAAGAGUUUAGAUCGAAUUCUAGCGGACUACAAGCGAGCAGGACAACGACUUGAUCCUUUUGUUCUUCAAAAAUGUGUAGUUCAGUGCUCCGCUGCGCUGAAAUAUCUUCACCAGCGUCACAUUAUUUAUCGUGAUCUCAAAUCCGAAAACAUUCUUGUUUGGGAAUUUCCGGAGCCGUUUACACCCAAUCAGAGCGCACAUACUGUCUUGAUCAAGUUAGCCGACUACGGUAUCAGUAGGUCAGCGUCAAUGGCUGGCGCUAAAGGACUUGGUGGCACACUUGGUUUUAUGGCACCGGAGAUUGAAAAAUAUUCAGGACGGGAAUCCUACACUGAUAAGGUCGAUUCUUUUUCAUUCGGGAUGUUUAUGUACGAGUUAAUCACAUUGAAUCAACCAUUCUCCGAUCUGAACCAAGCGCAGAUUAAACAGAUGGUAGUCGAAGGGAAGCAACCACUGUUAACGUCAAAGGACAAACGUGCGCCAGUGUUUGCAUUAGAAUUAAUGUUAUGGUGCUGGUCGCAGAAUCCCGAGAAGCGUCCGUCAAGCAACGAAAUCUAUUCAAUAUCGACGUGUUCGGAGUUUCCAAGAUUACUUGACGUGUUAACGUUUAACGAAGCGACAAGUCUCUCUAAACCUAUCACAACUCGAUCACGUGACUAUGCAGGACAAGGCGCAGAUGGGCAACUCAGUGUGGGUAAAGAAGUGUGGCUUUUUCACAGUAAAUUUAUUAAAGGUGUCACGAAAGACAUUGUGGAUGUUUUGUCUUUCAGUAAUGGACGUUCGGAUCACAUGGAGGAAUUUGUGCUCGACAAAUACACGAUACGCGUUGCGUGCAGCGUGGGCAAUACGGUGUGGCUUGGGACCAAGUCGGGUGUUAUACUUGUCUAUUGCGCCAUUACGUACAAACUGCUUUGCCAGGGAGCUUUGGCGAGCGACAAACUAAUAAUGGCGAUGAUUCACGCGCCCAAGUGUAAUUGUGUGUUUGUAUCGUUUUAUCAUGGGCAAAUAAUGGCGUAUUCUGACAACGUUUACAGUAAAUUUCGAGAAAGUUGUGAUAUUCCUUCUCCUAAAGACCUCACUCCAUUACGCGUUUAUGUCGGUGACAAUUUCGCCCACAGUCUUGCCAUCAUUGGCGUGCCUAAGGACAACCAUGGAACCGAGGGACCAGUAGCGAUAGAGUACGAGGUCUGGUUAGGACGAAUCAAAGGCCGCAUACUAAUUCUAGAUGCCGAGACACUCAAGGAGAAACAAGAGAUAGCCGCAGAAGAUUGCGAACUAGACAAUCCAAUUCUAGAUAAUCUGGCCGUGACGUCAUUGCAAACCUGCCAAACCUUUAGUGGUAAUAUUGACAAGUUUGAUCCCCUGGCCACAUCUGUAUGGAUAGCGGUCUACCCUGGCACGUGCGUGUAUCGUUACGACGCACGUGCGAAAUGCCUGUUGAAUAGUGUGGAUUGCUUGCAGAAUCAUCUCGCGGAAGAAGGUUCUCAUAGCUAUACCGCUGACCAAAGACACAAAGUCACCGAAGCACAAGUGCUCUCGCUGUUGGUGGUCAACAAAGAACUAUACAUUGGUACCAGUAGUGGUGCUUUUCUGGUUUGCAAUAGUCUAUCGCUUUUAGUCUACUCCGUUAUACGAUGUCAUAAAUCCUAUCUGGAGUCGUUGUUGCCAUUGACUACCACGCCAGUCACGUGGAAUCUUGAUACCGCUGAUGCCGCGCAAAAAACACAUAAUCGGCUCGUUCUGACCUUUGGGAAGGGUUACAGGAGUAUCUGCGCUGGCGGUGCUUGGAAUGCGUCAAAACUUUCCAAAACAUUAGGAAAGGGAUGUGAGCCCGUCAUCCUCGUAUGGCUUGCUGAUGAACGCUGACGUUUAAUAAGGUACUUCCCCAAGCAUUUUUGGACGCUUGAUUAUCGUUUGCUUGUUUGAGGGAAGAAGUAGAUGCAGUCCUCCCAAUUUUAUGAAAUUCCCGAAGGCGAAAGUUUUAACAUUGUUUGAUGUACAAAGCAUAGUUGAUUUUGAACUACAGAGAAUGUGGACUGAACAAAUGAAGUUCAUCAUAAAAAAUUAUUGAUCUUAUUUUUAUGGCAUGCGCUGUUAUGUCAUGUUGUAUGUGACCAAAUAAUU